AUGACCAGCCUGGUGCAGACAUUCAAGGCACUCCUGCAGGAGGACAUCACCAAUGGCCUGGUGCCUGCUCUGCAGAGGGACAACGAGACUUUCCUCCACGAAUUCCAGCGCACCUACCAGAGUCUGACCAGCACCCACAAGCUGAUGGAGCAGCUGUGCAGAAGGUGUGGAGACCUCAGCGCACAAGUGGAGGAGGAUCAGCUUGAAGUGAAGAACACCCUCUGCUCCAUCAUUAAAAUGCUGCAGUAUACAAAUCCUGAAGACUUCCUGGGAGCCCCGAGUGUGGAAACCCCGAGGCGUCUCAACACCUUCCAGCAGCACACCAUGCCUGGGAAAGAGCUGAGCCUCCAUGUGCAUGGACUCCUGGCACAGCUGGAGCACCCCCAUCCCAGUGAGUCUGGGCCUGUGACAAGGACACAGUAUGAGGAAGCCUUGUGCUGUCCCCACAGGAACUGGGUUUGGUUCUGA